AUGGAUGUGGAAGGCGCGGGGCGCUGGGCCGGCAGCAUGGUGGCGGAGGAGGGCAAGACCAGGGCGACGGACUUCUCGAUCGCCGCCAUCAUGGCCCGUAGCGCCGCUGAGCCGCGCAGCCCCGCCGCCCGCUCGCCGAGCCGCACCGGUCUAUCGCGGCAGAGCUCCCCGGCGUCGCUCAGUUCCCCGGCCUCGAGCUGCCGGUCCCCCGCGCCCGAAGAAGACGUCGAGGUAGAUGUGGAACAGUGCUCGGACGGCGAGCGUGACUCACCAGACCACGCCGCGCCAUCACCCGCACCCUCAUCAGAAUUAGGGGAGAGGGAUACCCCCUCGCCGGCGCGGCUGUUGCCGCCGGCAACAUCCUGCAACUGUGAGGAACUUCUGUCCGUAGACUGUCAGCUCGAGACGAAGGAGCUGUGGGAUAAGUUCCACGACCUUGGCACGGAAAUGAUCAUCACGAAGACUGGCAGUUUUUCACUGCAAGCACGACGAGUACGUAGCAACCGCGAAUUCGGCGAUCGGAUGAACACGAUGGGCUUUAAUGAAUCGGAAGCGCGGGUUUGCGCGGGGCCUCAAAGGAUGUGGCGGCGCAACGAGGGAAUGAAUUGUGGCGUACAAUGGACGUACUCCCACGCGCUGUCGCGAUUCUUGCCACCGGCGGCUGCUACCGUAGUAUCGGGCAGUCCGUGCGAAACGUCGCUUCGUAAAACAAAGGCGGUCGAAGGCGGCGUGGUGUGUUUGGACAGGCUGGGCUUGGAUCGCACAAGUCGCGUGUCGACCGCACAAUGCGCGCGUAAUGAAGUGGGUCGCGCGGGGGCGGUGGGGCGGGGGGACGGGGGACUGUGCCCAAAUGAGCUAUUGUGCCACCCGCGACCCCUGACUCCUGCCGCCGCCCGCUCCGACCUCGCUCUGUACCCGGAAACCUUGUUAGCGAUCAGCUGUUACAUG